CCGGGCACGCAUCAAAGAGAUGGACAUUUGAUACCAUGCAUUGUCGGCAAUAGUCAAGUGUUAACCAUUCCAUUUUUUUUUCCUUCCACUGGAUGCAUUUCUGAGAAUGGUUAGUGUCUCUGUACAGUCAGAUCUACCAGGUUUUGCCUGCUAAUAACUUCCUCGUCAUUAAGAGGUCCACACCCAGGGUUAUUUAAAUACUUGAAACGAGGAACAAUUAAACCCUCGGCUGAAACAUUAGUCUAGUGGGAGAUAUAGGGUUACUUCCUUCAGUAACACACUCCUCUACACUGAGUCGAGUGAAGACCGGCUCUGUAGCGAUCCGGAUGUGGUUGUAGUAAACAUGGUCUGUGAGGCAGGCCCUGAGAGAGGACCGGGGAUGGACGCGGGAUCUUAAAAUGGUGUGUUAGGAAGAGUCGACCUUGGAGCAGAGGAUUACCGAGUGUCCGGAAGCCGUCAACGGCCCCUGCUGCAGCUCGGACACAUGGGGGAUGACCUGCACCCACUAGAAUGCCUGGAUGGUUCAAGAAGGCGUGGUACGGGCUGGCAUCUUUACUCAGCUUCUCCUCCUUCAUCCUGAUCAUCGUGGCGCUGGCCGUGCCCCACUGGCUGAGUGGGAAGAUCCUUUGUCAGACUGGAGUGGACCUGGUCAAUGCCACCGACCCAGAGCUGGUCAAAUUCAUUGGGGACAUUUAUUACGGACUCUUCCGAGGCUGUAAGGUGAGGCAGUGCGGGCUCGGGGGCCGCCAGUCCCAAUUCACAGUCUUCCCACACCUGGUGAAGGAGCUCAACGCGGGCCUCCACGUGACGAUUCUGCUGCUCCUCUUCCUGGCUUUGGCCCUGGCUCUGGUCAGCACGGGCUUUGCCAUUCUCAACAUGAUCCAGGUUCCGUACAAGGCAGUCAACGGCCCUGGGGGCAUCUGCCUGUGGAAUGUCCUUGCAGGUGGAGUUGUGGCGUUGGCCAUCACCAGCUUCAUGGCCGCGGUGAAAUUUCACAACCUGACAGAACGAAUCGCCAACUUCCAGGAGAAGCUCUUUCGCUUUGUCGUGGUGGAAGAACAGUACGAAGAGUCAUUUUGGAUCUGCGUGGCCAGCGCCUCAGCCCAUGCUGCAAACUUGGUUGUGGUGGCCAUUAGUCAAAUUCCCCUUCCAGAGAUUAAGACCAAAAUAGAAGAGGCCACAGUCACAGCAGAAGACAUCUUGUAUUAAGAGCCUUCUCCUGCUCAUAGCCUUUCCUAUAUCAAUUCUGUAGUAUGAAUGGAGGCCUCAUUUUUGGAGGCUUCCCAGCCCAGAAUGUUCAUGGUUUUGGCAAUAAGGAGAAGGAACUCAAAGGAGAAAGGGGGUUGCCUGGGCUAGGAAAGAAAACCUUUCCCAAGUUCCUGGCAUCUCUGCCUUUCUCUCUCACUGACCUUGGACUUAGAGUUGCAGUUGGAGACUCUGCACUUGCCAGCUGUGGGUGACAUUGGACAAUUCACUCAGUGUCUACUUCUCAGUUUCCAUAUCUGUAAAAUGGAGACCAGAAUGACCUCACAAGACUGUAAUGAGGUCUCAAUGGGCGAUGAUGUUGCCAGGCUUUGGAUGUCGUAGAGCACUCCACAAAUAUCAGGUACUGAGCCCUCCAAUAAAUGUCUACAGACCCCUGGUCUAUUCCACACAAUAUUAGGGGGAAUAUGUUGAUAUCUCUGCCCUCCAGAAACAGCGAAUCUUUCCACAUGACACAGGAAUUAGAGAGCAACAAUAACACUAAGAAUGAAAAUAACUACCUUUUUUUAGUGAUUCUACAUGCUGGACACCGUUCUAAGAGUUUUACAUAUAUUAGGUCCUCACCACAACCGUAGAUUGUCAGUACGACUCUAUUUCCAUUUUAUAUUAUAGAUGAAGAAACUAAGGUAUAGACAGGCUGGGCAACUUGCUGAGGUCAGGAAUUAAAUCGUGGAAGUCUGGAGCCAGAGUCUAUAUUCGUUAACCACUUUGCUAAUCUGUUGUCUGACGUACAAGCAAUUGCAACACACUGUGGGAUCAAUGUCAUGACAGUACAGACAUAAAGGACCGAGAAAGGAAUUAAUUCUUCAGGAUGGGAUGUGGAAUUAAAGAAAGUGUCACAGAGGUGACAUUUGAUCUGAACUUUGAAAGAUGAGUAGGUAUUUUCCAGUGAGGAAGGAGGCAGGGUUGGAGAAGGGCAUUCCAGGAUGAGUCAGUGCCGAGGGGAGGCCCAAGGGAUGAAGUUACAAGAAAGGCUGGGAAGCAUGUGAAUACGCAGUGGGAUUAGAAAGUCGCCUGUUGGAGAAACCCAGCUGUUUUGUGUUGGGUUUUCCUAAGUGGUACUGUGAUGGUUAAUUUUAUGUCGACUUGGCUAGGCCAUGGUACCCAGAUAUUUGGUCAAACGCUGUUCUAGAUGUUUUUGUGAGGGUAUUUUUUGGAGCAGACUUUGAGUAAAGCAAAUUGCUCUCCAUGGUGUGGGUGGGCCUCAUCCAAUCAGUUGAAGGCCUUAAGAAAAAGACUUUCCACUCCUGAGGGAGAUGGAAUUCUGCCAAAAAAGUGGCAUUGGGCUGAAACUGCACAUCUGUCCUGGGUCUCCUGGCUGCCAGCAUACCCUGCAGAG